CCCCUUGGAGUCUCAAUAUCCGAGAAUAGCAUAACCUAAGGAUUUCAAACCUUCCCAAGUAUUUUUUUCCUCUUUUGUCUUUGGCUUAUCUUUCUAAUAUAAUUAACUGCAACGGAACUUUGAAUUUGUACCAAAACGUUGCUGGAGUGAAAUAAUUGUUUUCUUUUUCCAAACGGAAGCUUUCGCGCCUAACGCUUGCAGUGAGUUUAGUUUAAAGAAGGAUAACUCAGAAGAAUAAGGCCUCAUUUUGAUAUCAACCAACGUUUUCAGGUGAUAAAAAUGACAGCCUAUAGAAGUAACGCCUCACGCAAGAAAAAGCUCAGCUUAGAGCUUGUAAGGAUCAUCAGCAGCUUAAAGAAGGAGAAUAUCCAGCUGAAGAAGACUCUAGCUGAGGUGUCCCAUCAUCACGCCGAACACAAUAAGCUUGUGGAGAAACUCCUCGCUCUUGAGACUCUGUGGCUCGAGAGUCGUCAGCAGCUUCCACCAAAAGGUGAACAAACAACUUUGUCCACAGAGGAUUCCCCAUCACUCUCCAAUGAUGAAGUUGUCUCACAUCUUCAGCAUAAGCUCAACGAUGCUUUGGAAAAGAACAAGCAGUGGCUGGAAUAUGACCAGCAGAGAGAGGCCUAUGUUAGGGCAAUUCUGGACAAAAUGUUAUGGCUGGAGAAGCAUCUGAAUGAAACCAAUCAGGCCCACUCAAAGCAGCACAAUGAGGAGCAUUCAGAUGUAGAGCCACAAAGAGAGAUUAAAGAACUCUUUGAAAGCCUCUUGAAACAGACUGAUGUCUGGCUGGAUAUGCUUAAAAAUCAAGUCGAAGUGACUCAUCAGGAGCUGAUCAUUGCUGAAAAAAGGUUCAGAGCAAGAGAGGGAGAGUUGGAGGCUCUCAUCCACCAACUGAAGAGUGAAACAAUAAGCAAAGGAAGCCCACAAGAAGGAUGUCAUAACUCUGAGGAGGAAGAGCAACAGCUGAGGGAGGAGACCCAAGAACUCCAAGCCAGGCUGAAGGAGGAGAAACGAAGGUCUACAAAUUUUGAGCUGCAGGCAAGCCUCUAUCAGAGAUACAUGUUAAACUAUCACCAUGCAGACCAGGAAAAGAUUGCAGACCUGGAAAGACAGCUCAAGAUUUCUUCACAAGACCUUGAGGAUGCAAAGCGGGACUCUUCAUAUUUAAAGAAGCAAAUGCUCAGAAUUCUGAAGAAGCUACAUAGAGCAGAAGGCCUUUCCCCAGAUCAGUCAAAGAGAGACCAGGAGGACCUGGGCUCAUGUGAAGAGGCGAUGCCACCCUCCUCGUCCCCCAGAGACAGCCUGGCGUCCUCUUCUCACACCAGCGUGCUGAAUGAAAGCGUCCUGGAGUGUCCCACCUGCCAGAACGAGUACCCAGCCAGCGAAUACAGAGAGCUGCUGAAGCACCUGGAAAUCUGUCUCGAAUGAAUCUGCCCAUGAAAGUUCAGUUCUGUUUCUUUGUUUAGAAGUCCCGGCACAAGUUCAAUGCUUGUUAAUAAACUGCAAUUUUGCUAUAUGUUAUUUUUAGAACCUCGGUUCUGAAAUGAUUUUAAAUUUAAUUGAUUUUUUUUGUUUUAAGCAUUGUUUUCAUUAAGAUAAAUUUACCUGAAGAUUUGUUCUGUUUCUUUGUGAAAUAAAUUGAUAUAAAAUGA